UGUUACUUUUGUCACACACUUUGUUUCCGAAUCGUCUUUGUUUUGAAUCUCUCUUACCAUUUAUUCUCUUGUUUAUGCAUAAAUGAAAGAAGCCUUUACGAGUUCAUUCCUCUGCUAUUAACGUAUUUGACCUUAACCUAAUUUGGAGACGGGAAACUUGGUGAGCAAGUCCAUUUCCUCUGUAUUAAUAAUGUAUCGUCUAAAGGGUGAUAAUUACAACGAUUCUUCAAUUAGGGUUUUCUUUUCUCCCAAAUCUCUUGCUUUCCCCUAAAAUCUAUCAUUCAUUAUGUCUCUGCUUCUCAACAAGCCUUCCAAGUUGUGCCUAGGCAAACCUGCGUUGAUAAGAUCCUCUCAUUUUCUCUCUAAUGGUUUCUCAUCUUCCUCACUGCAAUUUCCUCCUUUUUCCAUCAACGGUUGUGGAAUCGUGAUUAGGAGGAAUGUUACUAAAGGUCGCCACACUUGUUUGGCAAAGAAGGUACCUGUGGAUGAAGAUGAAUAUGAAAUAAUUUGGCCAGCUUACCCCGGCGUGUUAGCUACUUUCAAUCACGACGGAGUCUUGGGUUUCUAUGAUAGUACAAGUACAUUGGAGUCAGAAUAUCCGAAACAAUUUUCGUCGCCUCCUUUUGUAACUUUACCUCGUUGCCAAACUCAAAUUAUCACCAACGUGGUCGCAUCUUCUCCUCUUGACGACGAGGACUGUGUUGUGGCUGUCAAGUUUUUGGGACCUCAACUCAGCUUUUUCAGACCUGCUCUAGGCAACUCUUCUGGGUGGACCAAUGUAAGAAUCGAAAACCCUUGCUUCUACUCCUCCGAAGUCAUGUUUUCCAAGAAAGAUGGCAUGUUUCGUAUUCCCGGAUCUGGAGGCCAUCUCAUCGGAUCAUGGGAUCUCCACACACACAAGCAAACACCACCCAAGAUUCAGAGGUUGCGGCUCCGAAACCUUCCCGAGCGGACCAAGACCCAACGCGAGCUUCUGGAAUCUUGCUGCACAAGCGUAUUCUUGGUGGAGUCACAAUCAACCGAUGAAACUUUUUUGGUUAAGUGGUUCAAGAAGACUUUGGGAAAGAUCAUGAGAACAAAAGGUGUAAUGGUGUUCAGGCUAGACCAUAAAGGAAACGCUAUUUACACUCAAGACAUUGGAGAUCUCUUCAUUUUCCUCUCACGACAUGGUAUUUCUUGUGAACCUGCAGCUGAAGCUAUUCCCUGUCUCAAGCAUAGGCCUAACUACGUCCGAGUCUUGGAUGACGACUGGUUCUUUUCUAUCGAUCUGGCUAGUGGCGGAUUAGAAGUUUGCAGACGAGAAUGAAAUCUCACAGUUCAUCAACAUAGAAUAGAAUCUAUAUGACAUUGUUAUGCAUAUGUUGUGGGAUCAUCUUUUCUAUUAUCUCUCUUCCAAUGAGUUUAUGAAUCAUUGUUGUCACGAUUAGAAGUCUGCAGAUGU